AGGGAGCUAGCUGUUAGCCGCACUGUGAACUGAGAAAGAGGAAAACUAGAGGAUGCCGGCCCCCCUCAGGACUAGGAGGGGGGCCUGCAGGUCAGCUAUCCCAUCUCUCUCCACCAUCGCUGAGGAAGAGGAGGGACAGCAGAGUCGUAAGAGACGCAGGAGAGGAAGAGGCUCUGACUACCAUCUUAGAGCAGAUGAGAAGUUGUCAGGGAGUCGACCUGAGUCAUCUGCCUCUGGACAGAACACCUACACCGUUUCCAGCCCGACAGAGAUACACACCGUUACCAGACCAGAGCCACUCAUACUGAAGAUCGAUGAAAGACAAAGACUUGCCCGUGAACGGAGGGAGGAGCUGGAGAAACAGAGCGCUCUACGGGGGUCUAAGUGGCUGGAGAGAGAGGAGAGGGCCCGACAGUUUCAUGAGAGACAGCUGGAGGAGCGCAGGAAAAAGUAUGAGGAGCAACGGAUAAAGGAAGAGAGAAAACGAGCUGCAGUUGAGGAAAAACGACGACAGAAUCUAGAGGAGGAGAAGGUUCGUUAUGAAGCCGUUAUCAGAAGGACUAUGGAGAGGAGUCAGAAAGCCAGGCCGAAAUCAAACCGCUGGAGCUGGGGUGGAACACUCCCUGCUAGCACCUCACACAACAGUGAUGCUGAGAGACGGUCUGUCUCCACCAUGAAUCUGUCCAAACAUACUGAUCCCGUCAUUUCCAAACGUCUGUCCAUGUCCUCAGCCACCCUGCUGAAUUCAACAGAUAGAGCCUUAAAGAAGCAGACGUCUCUCUUGUCCGCUUGCUAUAAAAAACCACAGUCAAAAUCCCAAAUCUCCAGAGAGAAGAUCCCUCAGGACAAACCAGCAGGUAUGCGUCGCAUGCCUCUGACCCCAUGGGAGAAUUCGAUGGUCAGUCGACUACAGACACCAACACACUCCUAUCUGGCCAGGAGUCGCAGCGCCAUGUCUUUGUCUGGAGAUGCAGCCUCCUGUCACUCGAUGUCCCUCAAGUCUCUCCAGUGUCGCAACGCUGAGAGACCAAUCAAAGCAGGCCUUAAUCUAGAGAGACCCUUCAGAACAGGGCAUGUUCCUCCAGGCACCAGCACUCGCAGAAAGACCACCCAGAACGUACUGGUUGACAGAAAGGAUAAGGACUAUGUGAGGAAGUCAUGGAGCAAUCUCUCAUAUCCCACUCCCAGUCUGACCUUGUUCACACCCAAGAGAGCUCCUUCACCUGUCAAUCAUCGCAGCAGAGUCACAAAUCCGUCCCCCAACAGGAGCUCCACUGCUAAACCCCCUCAGAAGAUGCCCCUAAAAAGCCCCAAAAAGUCCAGGUCUCCACCUCCUCCUGCAUCAAUGCCUCUGUCUCCUAGUAACCCAUCCUUAUUGCCAGGCAACAUUAGGCCCAACAAAGUUGCACCAGAGAGCCCGAGAAUUACACCAGAGGGGGAGGUGGGCAAAAAAGAGGAGCAGGGGCCAAAUGCUGAUCCUGCUAAAACUGAACCAGAGGCCCCUGCAACUAAACCUAAACCUGCUGCAGGUACUGGAAGUCCUCCAUCAGCACGGCCUUCUGCAGGCACAACAGAUCCUGAAGAAGCAUCUCGUCUGCUGGCUGAGAAACGACGGCAAGCCAGAGAACAAAGAGAGCGAGAAGAAGAGGAAAGGAGACAACAGGAAGAGGCAGAAAGACGCAUCAGGGAGGAGAUGACCCGCAGAAAGACAGAGGAGCGAGUAAAGAGAGAGGAGGAGGCCCAGCGGCAGGCAGAAGAAAGGAGGAGACAAGAGGAGGAGGAGGAGAGUCGUUUAGAGGAGGAGAGAGCACAGAAAGAGAAAGAUGAGGCUGAGCGUCUGCAGAGACAGAAAGAGGAAGAGGAGGCUCGACAGAGAGAAGAGGUAGAGCGUUUGCGCCAGGAAAGAGAGAAACACUUCCAGAAAGAGGAGGCCGAGAGACUGGAAAGGAAGAAGCGCCUUGAGGAAAUUAUGAAACGCACACGGCGAUCUGAUCAGAAAACAACUCCUCAGAGAAAUGGUGAUGGCAGCCAACAGAGUGGACAAGAUGCAGCAAGUUCAGUAUCCAGCAGUCUGCCAGUGAAUGUGUUGGCCCCUCAGGCUCCUGAAACUUCUGCGACAGAAUGCAGUGACAGAAAUGGACAUACGGGCCCUAGCUUCAUUACACCCAUCAUGCCCCUUCAGGGUUCAAAUGUUGAUGCCCAUCUCAGAGAAAAUGGCAUUGUGGCAGAGAGAGAGGCCUUUGAGGAGGUAAUAGAGGUUCCCAUGGCAACCAAACUGUCCCGUCAGGAUGGAGACGGAGAGGAGGUGCAAAACGAGGAGCAGGACAAGAGUAAGGUUCCCUUCUUGGCCUUCAGAGAGAAUGGUAGCACGCACAAUGUGAGUGAACUGAAGGAGAAUCCAGCACUGCUGAAUGCAGAUGAUGUAUGAACAAAUAAUUGUGGAAGUGCAGCAUGCAACACAGGGAAGAGAGAUAAGAAGAGUUAGAGGGAGACCUCUCACUGCAUCUCCCACCAUCUGACACUCAGACAUCUAUAACUGCAACUGAAAUAGCCUCCGACCAUCUUCUCACAGUUGAGACAGAUCUCCUGGCUUGCGCUGUCCUGUAAUCUGCUUCUGUCUCCCCAAACUGAAGGUGGUACAGCUAAAACUUGUUAUCCACUGUUAAUGGAGGUGCGGGUCCACUGUUGGUGACCAUAAAGUCACAUCGAAUACUUGAAAAAUUGUAUCGUCACUGUUGUUGAAGCUCCUGUGAAUUGCUAAUUAGAAGGAAUGUGUGACGAGAGAAUAAUGGUUGGUAUAUUUACAUCGAUUAAUGGCAAACCUUCUAGUUUUGCUCUCAUUAUGUCAGCAAUGGAGUGGCUUAAAUCUCUGCUUAGUUUUAUAAUUAUUGUUAAUAAUGAAGAUGAACAGAUUUCACUCCCUCUUUGUAAAGCUUGAACAGAUUCUUGCCACUUGAAUGAUGAAUUUUGCUAUGGGUUGCAAAGAUGUCUUGCUACAUUGUACUCCAUCAUACGGCUCUCUGCACAAUCUGUGAAUCUCAUAAAAACAUGUCUAGAACAUGCCCAAGUCAUAUUUACCCUAAAAUUAAAAGAAAUGAUAUAUUUUGCAUAAAGAAAAUGAAGGCUAUUAGGACCGUUCAUAUUUUUGUUUCUAUUGUGACAUUGUUUUCAUAACAAUUAAGUAAAUUUUCCACAAAGUUGCCAUUACCGUAAUGCAAGAAAAAUCGAAUUCUCAUUACUGUAAUGCCAAAUAAAUUAUUUAAAUUGUAAAGUAUUUAUAUGUCAUAGUAGUCUUUGUUGAAAUGCCUGAUUUAACUGUAUGUACAUAAACAAAUCUUUGUAAUUAUUUACAUUACACUAUUAAACUAUAUCACUAUUUAUUUUUACACUAAAUCAUUGAGAAUGUAGGCUUCAUAUUCGUUAUGCAACAUUAUCAUUAUUAAUAUUAUUUAAAGUCUUUUAAUUUUGGUGAAUGCUGUGACUUUCACAGUAGUGUAACUUUAAUCACAGAUAUGCGAGAGGAACUUGCUACGUGUCCGUUUCAUCGUUAGAUCCCGUGAAAGCUAAUCCAAUCAUUAAAAAAAUCGAUAUAAUGAAAUUUUGCGAAAUGAAUGGUAAUAAAUAAUUAGCAGAAUCUAUUUAAAUUUGAAAUGCUUCUACCUAUGUCUUGCCUUUGCCUUAUCAAAUGAUGUUACCUUUUGACUACGUGUUAGUAGCCUGUGACCUCUCUAUCCGUUUAAGGGCUGAUUUGUUUUUUAUUUUCGAAACAUACUUCGUUCAUCAAUACGCUUCCAACAAAUUCUGUCGGUUUAGCCCCGUCAGUGCUGCUACAUCAUGUAGUUAUUUUACUUUCCAUCCAAGCCCUGUGUGAUAUCAUGAUGUCAUAGGGCUUAUAUAAUACCAAGUAUCCUAUGUAGGGAGCACUACUUUAUAAUCGAUUUUCCUUGUAAAUAAAAGAAGACUUCAGUCUUAUUCCAAGAUACAAUGUGAAAAAAGGCAGGGAUUAAUUACAUAUCUUGUCAAAUAAGACUAAACAGAUGCAGUGUACAUUUCUAUAUGCAAACAGUACAAAAUAUUAAUAUACAGUGCACAAAAUCUGACCGCAUUAUCUUGUGAAACUGUGGGUGAGGGUGUAAGACGAGCACAACUUCACUCAGAGGCAGAUUUCUCAGUGAAUACAAAAUCUACUGGAUUAUUACAGAAAAACAAUCUGAUAAAGUGCCCUUGACCGGACCAACAGCACCGAGUAUCACUUUAAACACUGAAGCAUUUUUUUCCCAACCAAGUCUAUCUAUAUUGCAUGUACAGAUGAUGAAAAGCAAUAAAACUUUUUGUUCAGAAACAACUAAGACUGCUUCAUUUAUCUUGGCAUAAUGCUCAUGCUGCACGUGUCACUAAUAUGAUGAAUUUCACAGUAAAUGAGGGCUGUAGAUGAAAACGUUAAUAACAUUCAUUUAACGUUUACAUGUGAAAACAACUGGUUAAAAGCAGAAUGUAUUUCUGUAUUUGUUCUUUAAACCAUUUAUUUAUUUAUUUUUAAUUGAUAUGCUGUAUUUGGGUUUUUCUUCAACUUUAGCACUCGUAGCACUGUGAAUUCACAGGAGAUUUGUCUUAUUUGUCAUUUUGUUUUCUAAAAGUCAUGAAAAUUCCCACAUCACUGUCAUUUUCGGCACAUCUCAAAUUCUGUAUCAUGUUUAAUAUAAUCACAUGUUUAAUGUGUUUUCAUAGCUAACAUUCAAUGUAUCCUAAAUUAUAAUAUAAUUAAAGUUUGAUUGCAGAUGAUUC